GUGACAUUUGGUGUGCUCUUCCACGAUGAUAGAUGUGCGAACAUAUUUGAAGCAUUGGUUGGGACAUUGAGAGCAGCGAAGAGACGUGAAUUAUUGACAUAUGAUG